UCGCAGGAGCCGCAGGAUAGCAGAUCUCCCCUGAACCAAGCAGCGGUGUUUGCUGUGAUCUUCCCCGUAAAUUAGGCUGUCAGAGCGGCUUUGUGAGCAGCCAUGCUCUGCCUGAGAGCCCUGCGUCUGUCCAACUCUGUCCAGCAGAUCGCCAAACAGUCAGACGUUGUGAGGAAGCUCUUCAUCAUCCAGCCAGCAUGCUGUCUGAGCACAAAAACAACAACAUCGUCCCAGCGACCAACACCGACACACUUGGACCAUUUCCAACUCAAAAUGAAUGGCUCUUCAAAGUCCCCCAGCUCUGGAGUGGAAGACAUGCUUUUCUACACCAUCACAGACGGAAAAGAACAAGUCCCCAUUACACACUUUACCACGGCCCUGAAGAAAACCGGCCUCCACCCGUCAGAUCCUCGUCUAAAGGACUGCAUGGAGAGAAUUCGACAGGCUGUGAACGACUCUGUUGGUGAGGUGAUGAUGGACAGAGAACUUUUCCACAGGUGUGUCAGUGGAAACAUCGUCCUGCUGAUCCAGGCCUUCAGAAAGAAAUUCAUCAUUCCUGAGUUUGAUGUUUUUGCACAAAAAAUAAAUGAAAUCUACAACGAGGUGCAAACUCAAAUUGAUGGGAAGGUCGCAAACUACAUCCCCCAGCUGGCCAAGUUUAGUCCAGAUCUGUGGGGUGUGUCUCUGUGUACAGUGGAUGGCCAGAGGCACUCAGUGGGCGACACCAAGCAGCCGUUCUGCCUGCAGUCCUGCGUGAAGCCACUGCAGUACGCCAUCGCCGUCCACGAGGCGGGAACAGAGAAGGUUCAUCAAUAUGUCGGCAUGGAGCCCAGCGGAUUCAAGUUCAACAUGCUCUCACUCGAUGAUGAAGAUAAGCCCCACAAUCCCAUGGUGAACGCAGGAGCCAUUGUGAUCAGCUCUCUUAUCAAGCCUCGUUCCAAUAAGGCAGAGAAGUUUGACUAUGUUAUGGACUUUGUGAAAAAGAUGGCAGGCCAAGAGUAUGUGGGAUUCAGCAAUGCCAUGUUCCAGUCAGAAAAAGAAACAGGCGACAGAAACUUUGCCAUCGGAUACUACAUGAAAGAGAAGAAGUGUUUUCCCCCAGGAGCAGAUAUGAUCGAUGCCCUGGACUUCUACUUCCAGCUUUGCUCCAUCGAGGUGACCUGUGAGUCAGGAAGUAUUCUGGCUGCCACGCUGGCCAACGGAGGAAUCUGUCCAAUCACAGGCGAGCAUGUCCUGAGUGCCGAGGCAGUGCGGAACACUUUGAGUCUUAUGCACUCGUGUGGCAUGUACGACUUCUCUGGCCAGAUGGCUUUUCAUGUGGGAGUGCCAGCCAAAUCGGGGGUGUCCGGCGCCAUUCUGCUGGUCAUCCCCAACGUCAUGGGGGUGAUGUGCUGGUCUCCUCCUCUGGACAGAGUGGGAAACAGUGUUCGGGGAAUACACUUUUGUCUGGAGCUGGUUUCGCUCUUCAAUUUCCACAACUAUGACAACUUGAGGCACUUUGUGAAGAAGCAGGAUCCUCGCAGACCAGAUGGAGACGACAGGAACAAGUCUGUAUUUAAUCUGAUGUUCGCUGCCUACAGUGGAGAUGUGUCUGCCCUGAGAAGGUUUGCUCUCUCAUCCAUGGACAUGGACCUGAAAGACUAUGAUUCUCGAACCGCUCUACAUAUCUCUGCAGCAGAAGGUCAUGUAGAUGUGGUGAAGUUCCUUACUGAAACCUGCAAAGUCAAUCCAUUUGUAGAAGACAGGUGGGGCAACCUCCCGGUGGAUGACGCCUUGCAGUUCGGACAUGUCGAGGUGGUGAAGCUGUUGAAAGAGUACCAGCAGGUCUGUGAACAGCAGGAAAUGCCUCACACUAAGGCUGAGCAUUCCCCGAAGCUGGACACCAUCGAGGGCAUGGUGUGAUGGAUUUAAAUAGAUUCCCCAAACUGAAAGCUGUCAGGGCAUUUGUGCAAUGUGUCAAGUUUUGAAAUAUGUAGGUCUGUUUGUAGCGACUCAAAUGAGUGCCAAAUAGAGACCAUCAUUUGACCGUAUAAAUAUUAAUGAACUAUGCAAAGAGCAGUAAAAGAAAAGAUUCCUGAGUGAAAAGGAAAAUGGCAGAGCAUAAACAUUGAAUAUACUCUUGACAAGAAAAGACUAUGCAAUCAAUAGGCAGAUAACAAAUAAGACAACAAAAAGUUGUCUGAAUAUGACAUUCAUUGGUUGGUGUCCUAAUAACUGCCAACAUAUCUAACACGAAUUAAAAUCAGUUCUGCUAGAAAACAAUAUGAAGCUGGACACAAUGUUCAUGUUAAGAUCCAUGUAGGAUUAAAUGUAGCAGAGGGUCUCAGUGAUUUGAUAAACUCCAAAGAUAUUUAUAUUUGCAAAGCUUAACAUGUCUUAUAACAGUACAUUUUUACCGUUAUCUAUUUUUAUUAUUCUAUUGUGCCUUAAUGAAACAUUAAAAUAUGUUAACCUAUUUUGUCAAAGGGAAACAAGGGAACACAUUGUGCCCACUGUAGGAUAUACUGUAUAUAUUAUGUUCUUCAUCUGUAAAUAAGUGCAUUUGAUUGCUAAUAAUACAUUAUUAUACAUAGACUAAUUACAUUUAUGCACAUUUUGACUGUGCAUAAACAAGAAAUUCCAACUCAUUUAUGUGAAAUAUUUUGCCACUAAAGACAUGCAUUAAACAUAUUUUAUUUAUCUGCCA